AUGACUAAUACCAAAGAAUCUAAAGAAGCAAAGAGUCUGCCAAGUAAGGCAGCCACAUCUCCAAAAACUAAAGUUACAAAUGUAACCACAGCAGCUAAGUCAGAUACAACAACUAAAACCGAUGUAACCACCACGGCCACCACCAAAACAGCCACAACAACAGCCACAAAAGAUGAGAAAGCAUCUGAUACUACAUCAGCCACUAACGGUAAUACAUCAAACAGUAAAGAGAAAUCUCUGUCUGAUGCAAGUAUAGAAAAAUAUGCCGAAAUAAAGAAUAAAUUAACCCAACAAAUCUUACGAAAACAAGAAUUAACUGAAAAAUUAAAUUCAUUAGAAGAUUCAAUCUAUCAAAAGGAACUAGACUAUUUUGAAGAGAGUUCAAUAGGUAAUAUUGUAAAAGGGUUUGAAAACUUCUCUAAAAGUGGAGGUGGAGGAGUUGGAGGGAAUAAAAGAAGAAUUACUUAUACAGAAGAUGAUCAUAUUUUUAGUUUAAGUUCAGUUAAUUAUAUAAAAGGAUUAAUGAAACGACAAGGUAUAUCAAACAUAAGUUCAAGUACUGGAGGUGGAGGGAAUAAAGAUGAUUUUGAUGAUUAUGAAGAUUCAGUGGAUCCAACUGGUGGUAUAAAUGUUGCUCAAAAGAGUGGAUCAAGUGAUAGCAUUAGUAGUUCUCUGGCGGGUACGCCGUCAAGAAAGAGAAAGGCAAGAACCAUGGAUGAUUAA